GCCCGCCGCCUGGCCCUCGGCCUCACGGCCGGGCCGGGGCCACUAAAGAGGACGGUCCCGGCCGCCGGACAGCCGGGCAGCGGACGCCAGUGAAAUCCCAUUCUCUGGCUGGCUGGAGACACAGAUGGCCUCAAAUGAGAGAGAUGCUAUAUCGUGGUAUCAAAAAAAGAUUGGAGCAUAUGAUCAGCAGAUAUGGGAAAAGUCAAUCGAACAGACUCAGAUUAAGGGCUUCAAAAACAAACCAAAAAAGAUGGGUCACAUAAAGCCAGACUUGAUUGAUGUUGACUUAAUAAGAGGCUCAACAUUUGCCAAAGCCAAACCUGAAAUUCCAUGGACAUCCCUGACUCGGAAGGGGCUUGUUCGAGUUGUGUUUUUCCCAUUGUUCAGCAGUUGGUGGAUUCAAGUUACCUCUUUAAGAAUCUUUGUUUGGCUGCUACUGCUUUACCUCAUGCAAGUCAUAGCACUCGUGCUGUAUUAUAUGAUGCCCAUUGUGAAUGUAAGCGAAGUGCUUGGACCCUUGUGCCUUAUGUUACUCAUGGGAACCGUCCACUGUCAAAUUGUGUCUGCUCAGAUAACAAGGCCAUCCGGGAGCAACGGGAACCGGAGGAGAAGAAAAUUACGAAAACCUGUAAAUGGUGAUGGGAGCCGAGAAAAUGGAAAUAACUCCUCUGAUAAAGUCAGAGUUGUGGAAACUGUGGAACCUGCACCCACUGGUGGUAGUUUUUGGGGGACUCUCUUUGGCAACAGGAUUAAAAGAGUAAAAUUAAUAAGUAACAAAGGGACCGAACCUGACCUUGACUCAAGUUGUCUACAUCCUAUCAUCAAGAAGAAACAGUGUCGGCCAGAGAUUAAACUAUGGCAAAUGACAGAGAAAGCAAAAUUUUCAGAUGGAGAAAAAUGCCGUAGGGAGGCUUUUAGGCGUGUGGGUAAUGGGAUGUCAGAUGAUCUGUCAAGUGAGGAAGAUGGUGACGCCCGGACACAGAUGAUGAUAUUGCGUCGGAGUGUGGAAGGAGCCUCAAGUGACAACGGUUGUGAAGUCAAGAAUAGAAAAUCCAUACUUUCAAGGCACAUAAACUCUCAGGUAAAGAAAACCACGACCAAGUGGUGUCAUAUUGUGCGGGAUUCAGACAGUCUAGCCGAGUCAGAAUUUGAAUCAGCAGCCUUCAUUCAGGGCUCUAGAUCUGGCAUUAAUGGUGGCUCUCGAAGCCUCAACAUGUCCAGAAGAGACUCAGAAAGUACCCGCCAUGACUCGGAGACUGAGGAUAUGUUAUGGGAUGACCUGCUACACGGCCCAGAGUGCAGGUCAUCUGUCACCAGUGACAGUGAGGGGGGCCAUGUGAAUACCCUUCACUCAGGGACCAAACGUGACCCCAAAGAGGAUGUUUUUCAGCAGAAUCAUUUAUUCUGGCUUCAGAACUCAAGUCCUGCCUCUGAUCGAGUUAGUGCGAUAAUCUGGGAAGGAAACGAGUGCAAAAAGAUGGAUAUGUCUGUGUUGGAAAUAAGUGGCAUCAUUAUGAGCAGGGUGAAUGCGUAUCAGCAAGGAGUAGGUUAUCAGAUGCUAGGUAAUGUCAUCACCAUCGGAUUAGCAUUUUUUCCUUUUAUAUAUCGACUUUUCCGUGAGAAGAGCUUUGACCAGCUGAAGUCCAUUUCAGCCGAGGAGAUCCUGACUUUCUUUUGCGGGGCACCACCUGUUACACCUGUUAUUAUUUUGUCUAUGAUUAAUUUUUUUGAACGAUUAUGUCUUACGUGGAUUUUUUUUUUCAUGAUGUGUGUGGCAGAGAGAACAUAUAAACAGAGAUUUUUAUUUGCAAAACUCUUCAGCCAUAUUACUUCUGCCAGGAAAGCUAGGAAAUAUGAAAUACCUCACUUCAGACUUAAAAAGGUGGAGAACAUUAAGAUAUGGUUAUCUCUGCGUUCCUUUCUAAAGAGACGGGGUCCGCAGCGUUCGGUCGACGUGGUCGUAUCUUCAGUCUUCUUACUGACACUUUCGAUUGCUUUCAUUUGUUGUGCCCAGGUUCUCCAAGGACAUAAAACUUUUCUGAAUGAUGCUUAUAAUUGGGAGUUUUUGAUCUGGGAAACAGCUUUACUACUUUUCUUACUGCGCCUGGCCUCAUUGGGGUCUGAAACCAAUAAGAAAUACAGCAAUGUUUCAAUAUUACUUACUGAACAGAUAAACUUAUAUCUUAAGAUGGAAAAAAAGCCAAAUAAGAAAGAACAGCUUACUCUAGUAAACAAUGUAUUAAAACUGUCCACCAAAUUGUUGAAAGAGCUGGACACACCAUUUCGACUGUACGGGCUGACAAUGAACCCCCUAAUCUACAAUAUCACACGAGUGGUUAUCCUUUCCGCUGUCUCAGGUGUUAUAAGCGAUCUUCUGGGAUUUAAUAUACGACUGUGGAAAAUUAAAUCCUGAGCCGAGUCCUGUGCGUGGACUUGCUCCCCUUGCUGGCAUCAGCACGUACGCCUGAAGGAACGUGAUGUCUGGAGGAACUGCGAGAUACCUGCCUGCUUGUCCGAACACACUGGUGCCCUCGCUCUGCCUAACCUAAUGAAUCACGGGGUUCUCAGAGGAACCAGGCCUUUUCCAACUGGGCAAGCCUGCCGAAAACCUGUAUUUUCAUAGUUUUCAAACAAUGUGAAUAGUCGGGAGACUAAAGACUAUGUGUUAUGGUAACACAAGGACAACUUUCUAAGUUAGGGAAUUGAUUCUGGACAUUUCAGCGCUGUGACAGUUACAUUUACUGGAAAUAGUCUUUUGGGUAACUAUAGUAGAUGCCCAAAGCAUGAAGCAAAUAUGCUUUAUUGGAAAUAUGCAAAUCAGUACUUUUGUAUUACAGUCUAUAGAAUUGGAGAUUCCAUACCUCUAGCAAACAGAGAUCUAAUUUAAACUAUUUUAGGUUGAACUCAAAUAAAAUAACUUUAUUGGAGA